UAGAGGCUCAGUUUAGUGUGUGCGACGAGUGGGAGAUGGACCGAGGGCGCUCUUCCGAUUAGCCGAGCCUCUGAGCUUCUCACUAUACCCCGAACUAUUGAAAUAAUAGAUGAGAUCGGGUCGCUCGAAACAAAAAAAAGCAAAACAAAUAAGUAGCCCAUCUUUCACCUCCACUCCACACACACUAACACGGCAUUGAUGGUAAUGUAUGCAAGGAAACAACCGAGACUCAGCGAUGGGUGCAACGACCGAAGGGAUCCUCAGCCCUAUCAGACUCUUAAAUAUCCAUCAAAGAGCGAUCACCGCCAUGAGAAAAUGCGGGACUCCUCAGAUCCCUCUCCUCCUUGCAAAAUACUUCGGCGAUCUGACAGUCCCGAAAACAAACACGGCGACGGCACAGGGCACACCAGGGCGAAAGCAAUCCACACGCAUCGGGGCCGAGAGAGAGAUGGAGGGACCAGCUAUUCUCCACAAGAAAAUUCACACAAUCACAGCACCCUCCAUAGCUCAAAUUCACAUUCUAAUCCAAGCAAAACGUCAGACGCACCUUAUGAACCUGCGGAUGAUUGGUCCGAACACAUUAGCUCUUCUGGGAAGAAAUACUAUUACAACUGCAGGACAGAGGUAUCGCAGUGGGAGAAGCCCAAGGAGCUGCUGGAGCGAGAACAGAGGCAGAAAGAGGCCACUAAACUGGCGGUUGUCAACAGUUUCCCCAAAGACAGGGAUUACAGGAGGGAGGCCAUGCAGGCGACGACCACCAGCGGAUUCACCAGUACGAAGUCUGCCCCGGCGGAUAAGCCUGCGGCGCUCUCCUGCACCUCCCAGCCCCCCUCCUCGGGCGCGGCCCUGAACCCCGCCGGCACGCCGGCCUCGUCCGCCGCCACGGUGCCCGUGUCCCCCGUCCUCCAGUCCCCGGCCCCGCCCCUGCUGCAGGACCCCAACCUGCUGCGGCAGCUGCUCCCGGCGCUGCAGGCCACCCUGCAGCUCAACAACGCCAGCGUGGACAUGUCCAAAAUCAACGAAGUUCUUACAGCUGCUGUCACACAAGCAUCAUUACAGUCUAUGCUUCAUAAGAUUCUCACGGCUGGACCAUCCGCUUUCAACAUCACUACUUUGCUUUCCCAAGCUGCUCAGCUGUCCACACAAGCCCAGCAGUCCAGCCAGUCCCCGAUGUCCUUAACGUCGGACGCCUCGUCGCCCAGGUCGUACGUGUCCCCGAGGAUAAGCACGCCGCAGUCGAACGCUGUCCCCCUCAAGCCUAUGCUGAGCACGCCCCCUGUAUCGUCGCAGCCAAAGGUUAGUACGCCGGUAGUGAAACCAGGACCAGUUCCACAGCCAGUACCUCAGCAGCCCGCCCCCGCUGACAAACACGGACAGGAAGCCGGCUCUCCGCGCAGGCUCCAGCGGCAAAGCAGUCAGAGGAGUCCUUCGCCAGGUCCAAAUCACGUCUCGGCCUCCGCCGGCGCCGCCGCCAGCAGCAGCAACAACGGCAGCAGCGCCACCUCCAGCACAGCGCAGGGGACGGCGGGCGCGGCCUCCCGGCCCACGUGCGGCCUCACGCCCACGCUGGCGGCGCACUUCAACGAGAGUCUCAUCAAGCACGUCCAGGGCUGGCCUGCCGAGCAUGCGGAGAAGCAGGCGUCACGGUUACGCGAAGAAGCCCAUAACAUGGGCAGCAUUUACAUGUCAGAAAACUGCACCGAGCUGAAAAACUUAAGGUCUUUAGUCCGAGUGUGUGAGAUCCAGGCGACGUUGCGGGAGCAGAGGAUACUAUUUUUGCGACAACAAAUUAAAGAACUUGAAAAGUUGAAGAAUCAAAAUUCCUUUAUGGUUUGAGAACUUGAGGAAAGUGAUAAUUGCACAUGGUUGGAAAAAAAAAAAACCGAGAACUUUAAAAGGUUCUUUGCCCAGUCUUAACACUUUGAGCUGCAGUUCAGUAGUCUUUGGACCGUUGGGCUGGGCAGGG